GCCUGGUGUGGGAAGGUCGCGGUCGUGUCGGGGUGCUCCGGGGGCUCCUAACUCUGGCUGCCCAGGAAAGUGCCUUCAUGAACCCAGAGGAUGUCCGGGAAGCAUUACAAGGGUCCUGAAGUCAGUUGUUGCAUCAAAUAUUUCAUAUUCGGCUUCAAUGUCAUUUUCUGGUUCUUGGGCAUAGCGUUUCUUGGAAUUGGACUCUGGGCAUGGAAUGAAAAAGGAGUACUGUCGAAUAUCUCUUCAAUCACAGACUUGGGAGGUUUUGAUCCUGUCUGGCUGUUCCUGGUUGUGGGGGGAGUUAUGUUCAUUUUAGGAUUUGCAGGAUGUAUUGGAGCUCUUCGAGAAAACACUUUCCUUCUCAAGUUUUUUUCUGUCUUCCUGGGAAUUAUUUUCUUCCUGGAGCUCACUGCUGGAGUUUUGGCAUUUGUUUUCAAAGACUGGAUCAAAGACCAGCUGUAUUUCUUUAUAAACAACAACAUUAGAGCUUAUCGGGAUGACAUCGAUUUACAAAAUCUCAUAGACUUUACCCAGGAAUAUUGGCAGUGCUGUGGGGCUUUUGGAGCAGAUGACUGGAACCUAAAUAUUUACUUCAAUUGCACAGAUUCCAAUGCAAGUCGAGAACGAUGCGGCGUACCGUUUUCGUGUUGUACGAAAGAUCCUGCAGAAGAUGUCAUCAAUACUCAAUGUGGAUAUGAUGCCAGGCAAAAACCAGAGGUCGAUCAACAGAUUGUAAUCUACACAAAAGGCUGUGUGCCCCAGUUUGAGAAGUGGCUACAAGACAAUUUAACCAUAGUGGCUGGUAUUUUCAUAGGCAUUGCAUUGCUUCAGAUUUUUGGGAUAUGCCUAGCUCAGAAUUUGGUUAGUGACAUUGAAGCUGUCAGGGCCAGCUGGUAGAACUGCUGAAUGAACCAACCGCUCUAAGACACUGGACUUCUGAGACCCUCCCCUGCCCCCAGUCUGCUAUGCUGAUGCCAAGCACCAACUCCACUGAUGACGCUUGCAGUCUGCAGUCCCAAUGGCUAACAUUGCCAUGAAAUUGCUUCCGUGGGGGUGAACCUAGGGAGGGUUAUUAGAACCUGCUGCUCACUGACAGAUUUCAAUUGAAAACAAAAAAUGACCCAUUUGAAAGCUGUUGAACCGUGCAUCUACUGUAGCCAUGGUUUGUGAACAGUUGGACACUUACCAAAAAGAAAACUCAAACAGAUGUGCGUAAAUUGAAACAGAAUUACAUUGUGAUCUGUGGGAAAUGCUGUUUUUUCUCUCCUUGUGUUAUUUGAGGACUGUCAGAGGUGGUGAAAGGAGUUUUGUGUCUUCAUCAUACCCAGAAGGGACAGUCAUUUUGUCCUCAGAUGAAAGGAACUGCUAUCUUUUCUAAAAUGAAACCCCUUGACAAGGGGCAGUCUUUUUUUUUUUUUUUUUCAUCUCCAACCAUAAAUAUUAAGAAAUUCUGAGAACCAAGAAGAAAAGAACUUGGGUCUUUUAAGUGUCCUGCUCCAGAAUUGAACAGAGUCUUUAAAUAACUUGUGAGAAGCAUCACCUGCCGUUCCAGGUUCUUCCCCUUUUGCCAGGGAAGGGAAUCAAUAUGACAUCUGCACUGAGCCAAUGAGUUGGAAGACUUCAGGGUGCCGUAUCUUAGCUGAGCAAUGUUCCUAAGCAAGCAUGGGGUUUAUUUCAAAUGGAAAUAGGAGAAGAAAUUGUGUUAAAUGAAAUGGUGUUACCUAAUGUUCUCCCGCCCCCCCCCCCCAAAAGAAAAAUCUGUUGCUGUAUUCUUUGGAAAUUUCUGGAAUACUCUUUAUUUGGAGACUGGGGGCUAAGGCUUUGAUACAAAUCUCUUUUAAGUUUUCCUUUAAAACAUUUUUUUUUCAGCUGAAACUUUGACUUUUCCUUUUUAAUAAUUCUUACCUGCAUGAAUUGUGACUUGAAAUCCACCAGCCAUUACUCCCUCCCUAAUGUUCCAACACUCCCAGAAAUAUUUCAAACUGUAAUUUGGUCAGAACUGACCCAUGUUUUUUUUUUUUUAGUGCAUGGCUGUGGGAAGUUCUGGCUCGUUCCCUGCAUCCUCAAAGUGAAGGGAUCAGCCUUGACACACGAAAUGCUUCCAGGAACUCAGCCACACUGUCCCUGGGGUCCUUUCUCAUGACCCCCCCCCAACUCCUUCCUUCCUUCCUUCCCCCAAAUGCAAUUAAAUGCCAAUGGGAAACAGCCCCAACAGGCUCAAAAGGCUUGUCUUCUUUUUUUUCUAAUGGAAAAGAAAGAAAUUGUGUGUGUGUGUGUGUGUGUGUGUGUGUGUGUGUGUGUGUGUGGUCUCCAGUUACCUCCGUCCUCUUUCAGGAGACUUAACAGCUAGAAUGAUAAUGAAGCACAAGUGUCAGGAGCCAGGACUGCUGUCCAAGCCUGGAGGAAGAGCCCCAUGACAUUGUCUUGGUGCUGCCACCCCAACAUGACCUAGUGCCAGUAAGAAGGCCAGAGAAAGCCCCCCGGCUUCCAUCCAGCAGUGUCUUGUGUAGGUGUCUAUCAGGGCAUUUCUCCCCCGGCAGCAGGGAUGCUGCAGGUGCCAGGGGCCUCUCCUAUAGCAUGCCGUCAUUCCAGAUUGCCAUUUGGCCAGUGCACUUUGGAGAGAGAUUAAGCUUGCGUUUUUUCCAUUUUGCACCCUACCCUUCCCCAUCCCAGCUUGGGUGUGAUCCAUUUUUGAAAGAGGAAAAACAAUGCUCCAUCUACAACCUUCUUCUAAAUAGUAAUCUAUUCCAUAUUUUGGGUGUGGGUAUGAUUGUGCAUGUGUAUGGGUGUCUAUCUGUACUUGUAUAGUUAGAUAGAAAGGUUCAUUUCAUGUCCUGGUGAUAUAUGAUGGCCUUAGCCUAUCUCCAGCCCCCAAAUUAUAAUUUAGUGGCAUCAUCCCCUGGCGGUGAAGACUUGAGCUCUCCAAGUUGCACUUUUGCCUUUUUUCCAUUAAUUACCUCAUGAGCUCCAUUUGACCUUUAGACUCCUUGUCAGGCAACGUCCCUACCCUUCAGAGAAUGCUGCAAAAGACCAAGCGCAAGUCCACGUGAGCUUCUUUUUUUUAAUCACCCAUUAUUUUUACACUCGGAAAGUGUUUGUAAUAAAUAUCGUCCUUAAUAAACCUGGUUCCACCUUU